AUGGCUCCGACCAACACCAUAUAGGCGGUAAAUUUGGGUGGCUGGCCCGUUACCGAGGGAUGGAUAAAUCCGUCUCUCUUCGAUCGGAUCGUUAACAAUGAUCUACUGGUGAGUCUUCAUAUUCUUCCAUUCCAUCGGUUGGUCUGUUACCGUCCUAUCUGAAGGUCGGAUUGAAUGGGCGGCAGGAUGGAACCCAAGUCCAGCUGAGGUCCGUCGCUCUUGGGAAGUACCUCUGCGCUGAAAACGGUGGCGGGACGGUAGUUGUAGCUAAUCGGGCUAGCCCCUCUGGUUGGGAGACCUUGAAAGUUAGUGAUUUAAUUUUCAUCAGUAUCCGAGAUCCAUAUCACACACCUGAUUUGAGAUAUUUGUUAGGGUGAAUGACGAUGGAGGCGAAGAGUGGCUAACCUGAUGACUCCACAUGAAAUCACAGUUAUGGAGGGUCGAUGCGACCCACUUCCAGUUCCGGGUCUUCUUUAAACAAUUUGUCGCUGUGAACAACGGCGGCUACGCGGUGGCUGUGACGACGAGGCCGGGCCCCGCGGAGACCUUUGAGAUCGUGAGAAGAACGGGGGAUCCCAAUCGAGUCCGCAUCAGGGCACCCAAUGGUCUCUUCUUGCAGGCCAAGACGGAGAGCUCGGUGACCGCGGACUUCGUCGGCGACGGCAACUGGGGGAAUGACGACCCGUCGGUGUUCUUGAUGACGGCUUUUGGGACCAUGGGAGGGGAGUACCAGUUGACCAACGGCUAGGGGCUCGCCAGAGCCCCCACGGUCAUGAGGGUGAGGAAGAAGACUCCCCUCCCCCUUCUCCCCUGGUACUGAGGAGCUUUCCCAUAAGCGAUGGCUGUUCUGAUUUUUUUGUCGCAGGAGCACUGGCAGAGCUUUAUCGUCGAGGAGGACUUCAAGUUUAUCAAGGACAAUGGGCUCAACGCCGUUAGGGUUCCGGUGGGUGGUGGAUCGCCAGCGACCCUACUCCGGCGCCAUACGUGGGCGGGUCCCUGGAGGCUCUGGACAACGCGUUCUCCUGGGCAGAGUAAGCGAAAUUAAACGCACCCAUGAACCUUUCUCUCGUUCAUUGACGAUGACGAUGUGGUUUCCCUGUGUCCAGUAAGUACGGCCUGAAGGUGAUCAUCGAUCUCCACGCAGCCCCCGGAUCCCAGAACGGUGAUGAGCACAGCGGCGGUAGAGACGGCAUCAUCGAGUGGGGAGUCGAACCUGGCAGCAUAGAAAAGACGGUGUCCGUCAUUGAGUUCCUCGCCCAGAGGUCUAAAAGUCGCUACAUUGAAUCACAAAAUUGAAACUCUUAUUACUGAAAUUAUCCUAAUCGCGGAAAGUCCGCCGACAGGUAUGCAAGCAGACCCAGCCUGAUCGCGGUGGAGCUCAUCAACGAACCAAGGGCAGAAGGAGUUGGCUUUGAUACCCUGAAGAGCUACUAUCAAGCCGGCUACGACGCCGUGCGCAGGCACACAAGUACCGCCUACGUGAUCUUCUCCGCCCGGUUGUCCGCUGACGCGGGGGAGUUCAUUCCGUUCACCAGCGGCCUCGACGGCACCGUCCUGGACGUUCACUAUUACAACCUUUUCUCCGACAUGUUUGAUGGAUGGACGGCGCAGCAGAAUAUCGACUACGUGCACAACCAGAGGGCCAACCAGCUCGCCGUCGUGACCAAGUCCAACGGCCGCCCCCUCUCCUUCGUCGGUAAGACCCCCACACAGCCGAGCCGCUGUGGAUAUUGGGAUAGUUUUCUUACCUCUGACGCCAUUGGCCGCCGCAGGGGAAUGGGUCGCCGAGUGGAAUGUGAACAAUGCGACGUCUGAAGAUUACCGGAGGUUUGCAGAAGCGCAGCUGAAGGUCUUGGGUAAUGCCUCCUUCGGGUGGGCCUACUGGACCUACAAGUGCGAGAAACAGCACUGGAGCCUCCGCUGGAUGAUCACCAACGGCUACAUAUCCCUGGUGUAG